AGUAAAAUGGCGACUUGGAAGGGUCUCUCAGAUAUUCUUGGUUUGCCUCGUUUUCUUCUUCCUUCACACGCUUUUACUAGUACCAGAAAUAGCUUUUUAUCACCUUUAGGCUGCCUUUCAUCAGUCUAUUGUCGUAGUUUUCACAUGUCUGCACCAGGUAAGUUAUUAGAAUCGUCAAGUCUCUCGCUCUGGUCGUGAAGGUAGCGACCGAUGGAAAAGUCUGUCUUAUUAGAUAUUAUUUUAAUAGCACUUGAAUUCCCUGAGUUCCGCAAUGUUGACAAAAUAUUUCGUGAUAUUAUUUCGUAGUGGACGGGAAAUAUCAUCACGUCGCCAAAAAGAGAAAGCUCCGGGAGCGGAGAAUGGCUCAAUUGCGUUCCAGAUUCGAGGUAAUGACAAAGCUGUUGUCACCCAGCUAACAACACUGGAACACUAAAAGCAUCGAUUACGAGCACAUAUGCAUGCUUAUUCACAUAGAUGCUCUGUGUCGAAUAUCAUACCAUAAUGUUAUCUGUAAAAUUUGAAAAUCCAAGAACUGUAGAAUUAAUUUUAAUCAAUAUAUACUAUUAACUCACCCAUAUAAAAGUUCUUGAUAAGUGUGCUGUCUUGCAGGUGUUUCUAUUCGUAGUUAAUAAAACAAGGAAUGACCUACAAUGACCUACAAUGAUCUACAAUGAUCUACAAUGACCUACAAUGAGCUACUAUGACCGAACGUGUAACCCCUGUAAUGAGCUGAAUGAAGAUUUUAGAAAAAGACAACAAAAAAAAAAGACCAUGGGACGUGUGUCGUAGUUACUAAAACAAGGAAUAACCUACAAUGACCUACAAUGACCUACAAUGAUCUACGAUGAGCUACUACGAGCUACAAUGAGCUACAAAAUGACAGACACUGAUGUUUGUCGUGUGUCACGCUUGGAUGUGACACUAGGCUCAUAGUAUUAAAUUGCCAAGCACAUUUUGAAAAGGCAAAACAAAAAUUGUGCCUGAUCUCAGGUAACUUGAAAAUAGAAUAUUGCAAUCGCGUUUUUACUGGUAUAGCACUAUUAUACCCUGUAUUGACGGAAGUCAUGCAGGCACUCCCUUAUUUGGCCUAGAUGGGUAUGGGCCGCUGAGCAGGAUAUUUAUUUUACUAUUUAGCGUUACAAACAGAGCAUCCUAUUGGACCAAAAGCCAUUUAAAGGGUCUUAUGAUGUCUUAUACAGGCCAGGGUACUUAAAAAAAAUGAACAAUUUUUCUUUUGAACAGGGUCAGAAUUUGAAGACCUCCUUUGUUCAUCUCUACCCUUACGUCCCUUGAAGAUCCCCCCGGAUCGACUGUUGGGGUGACUGUGUUUGUUCAAUUUGUUUGAAAAAAAGACAAGACAAGAUAAAACUAAUGCGAAAGGUUGCAAGGGAUGGUUUGGACAAAAGUCACAGUAUCAUCAUACAUAUAUUAUUACACUGUAAAUUUAUCUCCAAGCGUAAUAAUCAGAGAUGCUGUCAUCGUUAAAUGGGCUGUCAUGCAGUAGACUAAACGCGUUACGUUUACACACACAUGUCCCCUGAUCUUUUUUUUUUUGUCUUUUUCUAAAAUCUUCAUUUUAGCUCAUUACAGGGAUUACACGUUCGGUCAUAGUAGCUCAUUGUAGGUCAUUGUAGAUCAUUGUAGGUCAUUGUAGGUCAUUGUAGAUCAUUGUAGGUCAUUGUAGGUCAUUGUAGGUCAUUCCUUGUUUUAGUAACUACGGUUAUUGAUUGUUUAUAUUUUUUCAUAUUUAAGAGACUGGAUGAAGAAGACAGACCAACUGGAUGUUUGCUCUGUCCCAAGAGGACUGAUGUAGAAAUCAACUAUAAAGUAUGUUGUUAAAUCAACCAUACUAACAGCAAUAACAUACUAACUAUACUAACAGGAAUGCCACUGAAUCAUAGUCAGCAGUAACCGGCACAGUACAAAUGACUUAUUGAUGGUAGAGCGGUUUUCACUUGACUGUCGUAAAACCAAAACCAAAGUAAAUACACUAGCCAACCAAAGGACGUAGUAAAACCAAAACCAAAACCAAAAUCAAUCCCAAUUCGACAGUCAAGUGAAAACCGCUCUAUCAAGCAAAACUAACUACGAGAGAAUGACUGGACAACUGACAAUUUGACUAACAAUAAACCACUGUUCAACUGUGACAAUAGACAGAUCAAAACGCACCAAUGAUAUUACAAGUCUGCAUAGCCUAUAACUUGGUUUAACUGACAGACGACCAAUAACAUCACAACUUAACUGACCAAUCAGGUCAACAACUAGAGUUAAAUACCAUCAACUGACUCGAUACAAAUCACUUUGACUCUGAAGAUGACUACUGCACAGGUUGUCAAAACCUCAGUCCCUGUCAACAACAACAGUCCUAUUCAGGACUAUGUUCACCCAGACAAUCAUACUCAACCCACUUAUGAAAUGACUCCUGGGUUCAAACUUUUCACAGGGAUAAAGAUGUUGAUUGGCCAUAAAAGUAAAGCUUAAAUUCAAACUUUUAAACCAUAUUAUAUGGUUUAAAAGUUAUAUUAUAACAUUUGUCAGUCAAAAAAUGACCUCAAUCUCUUCUGUAUCAUUUUUCUCUCAAUAUUGUUUGAAAUGAAGAGAUGUUGAGACCAUUAUUUAUCGUGAGACGCGGGAUUUUUCAAUAUUUUUUCCACAAGUAGCUCCCAAUGGUGGGAUUGUUACAUGUAGCUGUGACCAAGAAAGGACCUGUAAAGCUCCUUUUCCCUAAAUUUCUGCAGAUUGUAGUAAGAGACCCUAUAGCUGGAUGUAGACGGAACCCCUGGAGAUGUAUUGACAUACAGUAAAAAGAAGAAAGAAGAGUUUGGUCUCAUUUAACCUUUUUUCUGUACAGGCCCCAGUUGUUCAAACGUUGGAUGGUGCUAUCCACAGGAUAAAUCACUAUCCAGUGGAUAGGUAUUGGGGAAACCAAUAAUGCGUUAACCACUGGUUAGAUUUUUAUCCGGUGGAUAUCACCAGUUUUUGAACAACUGGGGCCAGAUCUUUUGUUUUCAACAUUUUGCAUCUCAACUUUUUCAUUUGAAGUGCAUAGAUCUGCACUCUUCUUCUUCUCACUUAUUGAGCAUCUGUUGAGUUGGAUUCGUGAGAUGUUGAAACUGUUGACACUCUACUUCUCACAUAUCUUAACAGUAACAUGAUGCUACAAACUUACUUUAAAAUGUUAAGAGAAUGUCAAAGCUUUUUGAUCGUGGCCAAUUAACUUCUAAGCCCUUCAGUGUGCCACUGAAUCUCAACAACAGCCCUUAACUAUUAGGAGAUAAGGACGUAAGCUUGCGUAAGUCUGGUUUUCUCAUUUUAGGUUGUGUGAAUGGUCUCAAGGAAAUUCCACCUUUAGAUAUGUGUAAUACUGGGUUAAUAAAUUGUGAAAAGAAACUGUUCGUUAGGUCAAGAGUACAGGUGCAUGUUACUUCACAUGACCUACACUCUUAUUAUUAUUAAAGAUUAUUGUUUGUCAGGGCAAGGUCUAUUGUUAAGUUCUUGCUUAUGGGCAGUACAUGGCAUUAAGGUUAUACUUUUAAUACUGGUAAUUUUAAAUUUAUACAGUGAAACCUCAAUAUAACGAGCCUCUAUACGCUAAAGUCCUUGAUAUAACGUAUUAUUUUCUUUACCCCAGUAAUAGUCAGGGUUUGCAUGCACCUUGAAAGUCCUUGAAAUUCAAAAUAAAAAUUCAAGGCCUGGAAAGUCCUUGAAAAUUGCAGUCAGUGCUGGAAAGUCCUUGAAUUUCGUUGCUAACUUUAUCCAACCCAGAUCCUUAAGUGCCUAAUAUGAAAGACCUUCAAGAUAAAAUUGCUCAUGUUGUGGUGGAGCUAAAAAAGACAUAGACUCAAGGCCCUUUUUUGCACAGAAUGGAGUCCUUGGAAAAUGGGAAACGUGUCCUUGCAAGUCCUUGAAAAGUCCUUGAAUUUUUGUGUUCAAAAAAGGGUAGGAACCCUUAAUAGUAAAAUUAUGGAAAAGAACCUCAGUGUAACAAAACCUUAUUAAUCCUUUAAACAUUAAUAUCAAAAUUGAGAUUCUCAUUUGUUGCCCCUAUUCAUUUCCUACAGAAGUAGUGGGGAGAAGUUGAUAAAUAUCAAGCAAAUUCAUCUUGUGAUCAUUUCUGUAAUUCUCAUGACCACUCUGUUUUACAAAGCAUUGAUAUUGCAAGGAGAAAUUUGAUGCUGAUCACUCUUAGGGCUUAAAGGGUUAAAGCGAACAAAUUUUGCCAGUCCCUUGGCACUUCCUAAUAUCAAGGUUCCACUGUAUAUGAUAAAUUUUUAACUGAAUGAAGUGAUUUUUGAAAUCAAUCAUUUCUUGCAGAAUGUUCGAUUGUUAUCCCAGUUUGUUUCACCACACACUGGAAGAAUCUAUGGACGAACUUUGACAGGUUAGAGCAGCUGUUCUUAACUUUGAAUAUUUUAAAACUUUCCCUUCUAGUUAUUGGCAAAAUCAGCCCCAGUCAUUUGUAACUGCUGAGUUGUUUUGCAGGUUUAUGUGAUAAAAAACAGACAGAAAUAUCAAGAGCCAUCAGGAGAGCAAGAGCUAUAGGUAUCGAAAAUACAUUUUCUUCCAUUUUUAUUAUUUUUAUGAAGUCUAUUUUUUAUUUUAAGGCAGUAGCUGGAAUUGCUUGUUUAAAAUCCUUAAUUUUUAGUGAUAAUGAUGAUUUUAUUGUUGUUUUGUGUAUUCCUUUUAGGUUUCAUGCCUGUAACAAUGAAGUACGUGGCUUUUCAUAAUGAUCCCAAGUUAUUCUAGCAGCUUUUUCAGAUGUUCCAGUCAAUUGCCUUUGUUUCUAUAUUAAUUUCUGAGUAAUCAAAUUUGUAAAUAAAAGUACUG